GUAAUCAUACAAUAUUUAGACAUGGUACUGAUAUUAAUUGGUCUCAAUGGUUUCUUCAUUCCACUCUUCUGUGUAUAUAGUUUCUUGUUUGGAUAUAGAUAAAAGAUAUAGAUAUAUUUUGUGAAUGGACUAAGAAAAGCUGUCAAGUUCUAUGACAGUUAACAAAUUAAAGAAGAGUAUAGAUUAAGGUUUUUAGGGGGUUUGUUAUUUUGUUGUUCUGCCCUUCUUACAGGAAGGAACUAUUACCUCGAAGGACAUGCUUGCUGUGCUGUGUGUUGCUACUUGAUAGUAGUUCUAGUAAUGAAAAAAAUGUGAGGUGAACUCGUGUCACACCUGUGCUUGUCUGUUCUUCAGAAAGACAUCUCCCUUUUCCACACUGGCUUAUGUUUAUGUUCAUUCGGGAAAUUUACUGGCACACAUGGGUGAGGGCAGAAGUACUCAAACCCCUGAGAAGCUUAUACGAGGCCCUUCCCCACCGCACACUUCAUCAGUCUAUUUGGGCUCAUGCUGCAGGGUGUUGUCAUGUUCUGGGCCCUGGAUCAAGCCCCGUCCCCUUUAUGGUAUUCCAUGUUCUGCUGCCAUGUUCAAAUAGAAACAUUGCAUAUGGUGCCACAAAAACUCUCAUGGCCUUGCUGCACACAAACAAACACACACACACACACCCACACACAGAAAUAAGGUAACAGGAAAAAAUGUGUCAUCACUAGCUCAUGUGGAAGCUUCUUAAACACUGAUGGGAUAAACAUCACAUCUUCCCUUUAAUGAUUUCAUAUUUCUGUCCUUCAUUGCACAAACUUCACAAAAAAGAAAAAAAACCAUGCAUGCUGCAAGUGCACUGGUGGGUUUCCGUGAAGUGUAAGAAAAGUGGGGGUUUGAGAGACUCUGACAGCUCCACAUCUAACAGGUGUUUGGGGUUUGGUGGCAACCACUUUGUGUGUGUGAUGGCGUUUGCAGUGUGUUUGGAGCUGCAUUGUUACUUUUCCAUAUAAUAAUCAGACUUGCCAAAGAGACGCCUUCUUAUAUCUGCAGCAGCCACAGUCCUGAGGAAUAAGUUGAUAUUUAAUCAGAGAGCAAACACUGAACUGUGUGUCUGUAGUUUACUCGGGCAAAAGCCUUGUAGUGAACCAGCACUCUCGUUUGUUCAUUUCUUUCACUCUUCCGUUUCCUUUUGUCUGACAGGUGCACUUGACUGCGCAGUGUUUCGCUGUAUCGCGCGUGCACCCGCAUUCGCGCGUGCGUGCGUGCGUGCGCGCGCGUGUGCGUGUGUGCGCGCGUGUAUUUAUUGGGUCGUGUUGAAAGCGCUGGGUCUUGAAAGCGCUGUCACAAACAGAACAAACUCGGACAGCUCAGUUCCUCGAGCUGUCAUACCCGGUAUCUCACUUAGCUCUGCAGUGCUCCUGACUCCUGACUGAUCCCACGCUCCUUCAAAGAAAGGAGUGAAUCUUUCAAUUUGUCUUGCGACCGAGGAGAAGAAACAACUGACGUGUACCACAGUCAGUUAUGGGAUAAAUGACUGAUAGCUUUUAUAAUUCGUGAACCUUUAACUGUCAAGAUGUGUGAUGUAGAAACUGAAGAGAAAAAGAUACUCCCAGAGUCUAUCGUGGAGACAGGGACACCACCUUCAUCGUGCACCUUGGAAAUGAAGGAGAAGGAUUGCCAUGGCUGCCAUUCGGUGGAUGAGCAGUUGAGGACAGAUGAAGUCCAAGGGCAGCUUAAAAGAAAUCACAAGGCCAAAGGGAAACUAAUCCGGAGUGCAGCUGUGUGUGAUGAUGCACCGACUGAACCAAGCAGCAAGGGGCCUGAAAGUGAAAAUGCACCGACCAUCAACACUUCCAAGUGUGAAGAAGAGCAACAGGAACAAUGCAAGGACGGCAAUACCGUGAAAAAUCCAAGCUUAACCAAAGAACCAAGUCUAGAGUACACAGACUCAACAGGCAUUGAUCUGGAAGAGUUUCUGAUUACUACUUUAAGGAGUAGUCCAAGGGACAGAUUGAUGCUGUUGAAACUGGAGCAAGACAUGACUGACUUCAUGAAAGAUAACUGCUCUUACAAGAAGUUUCCUCAGAUGUCAUCUUAUCACAGGAUGCUGGUUCACAGAGUUGCAGCAUAUUUUGGGCUGGAACACAACGUGGACCACAGUGGAAAAGCUGUCAUUAUCAACAAAACAUGCAACUCCAGAAUUCCAGAGCAACGGUUUGCUGAACAUGUCCAGGAUGAGAGAACUGAAGAAAAAAGGUCAAUACUAAAGAGAGACAAUAGCCAGGAGAAAGAGGACAGCCAGCUGAGGGUGCCAUGGCUAAAAGAGCAAAUGAGGAGUAAAUCUUUUGAGGAGAGAGAAGAGGAGUAUCAGAGAGUCAGAGAGAGAAUCUUCUCUCAGGAUCCGUCCUGUCCUGCUCAGACUGUUUACAUUGAGACCAGAGGUCCAGAGGACUGCUGUAAUAUGUACAGUGAGACUCAAAGGAGAAGACAGCUCUUUAGGGCUACCAGGGACGGUUCAGGCCAGCUGUCAGGCAGCAGACAGAGCAGCUUUGAGCUGGAUUGUCACUGGAAUGACCCUCGACCCUGGAGCAGCACUGACUCCGACAGUUCUACCUGGAGCUCUAAACCAACACUCUCACAGUCUGACAAAAAUACCAAACUCUGCAUCCCUGAGGCAACAGCCAGUAACAGCUCUGCCUAUGUUCUGGUGCCACCAGAGUCGUCUAUACUUCCUGGGACUAUCCUACUCAACCCAAACACAGGACAGCCAUAUUUGAAUCCCGAUGGAACUCCAGCAGUUUACAAUCCACCAUCGAGCAAUCAGCUAAACACAAUGCAGCCGCAGCCGCAGCCCGCACCCCCUCCCCAACCUCAGCAGCAACCAGUGAUGAGCCAGUCUCUUUCACAGGUUCCAUACUCGUCCGUGACCUACUUUCCUCCACAGCAAGUGUUAGCAGUCUCUCCCUCACAGUUCCACACUCCAGAGCAGAGUAGGGAAGACCUUUCAUCUCAGUUCAGUCACGUGACAUUAAGCCAUCAAUCUUUAGGUGAAACAUCAGACCUGUCCACCUACUACCUGCAUGGAGCUCCACCCACUCACAACUACACACAACCCCAACAGAAUUAUGCCCCACCCUAUGCUGCAGAUGGCUAUAUGAGCUCAGGAAUGACACUGGCUAUGCCUGCAACCCAGCCCACACAAAACUGUGGCCAACAGAGCAAUCAGGCCUCUAUGUAUAGUUAUCCUGGCCAGUGCACCAACACAUCCCAGCAGUAUGGACCAGCCAGUUACAACACACAGACAGGUGCAGGAUACACUGCUGUCUUAACCAGUCAGCAACAAGCUUACUCAAACAUGGUGGGAGCUUCAGUGGUACCACAAACACAAAAGAGCAUCAUGGGCUCCUUCCCUUCCUCAACAGCCUAUCAGAUGGCACCACCACUGCAGUCCUACCCCUCUACAGUGUUGGUCUCCAGGCAGGUGGGACAGAAUCAGAGUGUAGGGCCUCCAGCUGGAGUGUCAGUUUACUGCAACCCCCUGAAUCAUUCUCCACCUCCACCUCUCAGUGUGGGCAUCACCUGCCAAUCAGCCAAUUGCAUAAAUACAUGCAAUAGAACCCAGAACCAGUGUUGGUACUAGCACAUACAUGUGCACACACAAAAUAUAGCACAAGUUAGGAUAGGGUCUGAGAAACACACACCAGGAGAACUGUAGUCCAGUUAUUUUUCACGUGAAAUGUCUCUCCUUCUAUCUCUAUCAGAAAUGCCCAGUAUUUGUACUCACCAGCUACACACUCUGGUGAUUGUUUUGGUGUUAAUCACUCUGUAGCACAACCUACACUCAGAGCAGCAGCACAAUGCAGCCUUUUCUGUUAUUUCGCAUGCUGUUUUAUCACAUUUAUUUUAAAUACUCUGACAUGCGUGAAUGGUAUUUUGUGCCCGUUGCAUCAGAACUGCUGUGUCUACCACUGUAAUGUAUAAUAAUGUGUGUAUUAAUAUUAUAAUAAAAUAGUAAAUACAAAUGAAUAAACUUAUUUUUACUUCCACAUUAAA